AAACAAAAUGGCGCACACUUGAGCUUCUAGAUCUCAAUGCUCUAUGUUUCCGCUUUAUGAACGGCUAUGGCAUUACUUGACCCAAAAUCGUAUUCUAAUAAUGUGCUAGUAGUCGGAGAUGGUAACUUUUCAUUCACGGUUUGUUUGGCGUCAGCGUUAUCAAAGACAUCUGUGAAGAUCGUAGCGACAUCGUUAGACUCGCGCGCAGCUUUGGCAAGUAACGACUUCGCUCUGGGAAACAUCGCGAAACUGUCCUCUUUUGAAAACGUCGAGAUCUUGCACGAGGUAGAUGCAACAGAUCUUUGUCAAAAAUUUGGCUCUAGAACGUUUGAUCGGGUGAUCUUUAAUUUUCCACACACUGGUGGCAAAUCAAACAUUGCCAAAUCGAGAGAUCUGUUGGAGCGGUUCUUUGCAAGCGCUGCGCACCACGUGGAACGGUUCAAAGGCGAUAUCUGUGUAAGCCUUUGUCAGGGUCAGGGAGGAACGCCCUUAGACAAUCCAAGAAGGGAGCUUGGAAACUCUUGGCAAGUUGUUUACCGAGCUGCGAAAGCUGGUUGGUAUUUUUUUGUUGUUUUUUAUUGACGAGUUCGAUCAGCUUUUAAGAAGCUCUGUCAUUUGGAGAUUAUUUAAAAUUGAUGAGCUAGCUAGCUGAUCGAAUUGUAAAGAUUAAGAUGCGAACGGCCGGUGAAUUCAAAUCUGGAGAUUUUUCUUUAGUGCCAGCUGCCACCACGAAGCCAAUCAAUUUGACCUGCCCCAUCAAAAUACCUUCUGUGAUGUCAACCUCAAAAAGAUUUCCGUAAAACCCAUUACUAUUCUAAAACAAAGCCCUGGUCCCAAAGUCAUUGUAAUAUUUUCGCCAUUUUUCUUCAUCCAUGAACUGUGUGCAUGAUGAAGUAUAGGGCUUUAUGGAAAUCUUCCAUGAACCUCCCAGAAAGGUUCUGUCAACGGGAGGGUAUCUUUCGAUGUGGUUGUCGGGAUGAAGUUACACCAUACCCUUAAAGUGGAGUGUCGUGAGGGCAGUAAGUUAUGUUUUGAUAACCAGUAUUAAAGUCAUGAUAUCAACCAGAAUCACUUGUAGGCCCAACCUCUUUACUGUAUUAGAGUAUUUUUUCAGUUAUCCUUGACAAUUUGCUGGUGCCCAAAAAUAUCAUGCAAUAACCAUCACUCCUGGAGGUGGCUUGAGCCAAGACCUUUUAACCUGUGUCAGUGACUCUAACCAUCGCUCUUUCCAGUAUCCACACUUUAAUCUGUAUCAUCUUGUUUAUCCACAACUAGGUCUGAUUUUGAAUGAUGUGUAUCCAUUCAAAAGUGAAGAUUAUACCUCUUACAGAAGUGCAGGCUUUCGUGGACAGCUUGGGAAAGGUUUUCAUACUGUAAAUGGGCUCACUCAUGUGUUUGUCCAUGGAGUGCCACUGGAACCAAUUCCAGACCUAGAGUAAGCUCCCUCAUAAUACUAUUAACCACAAAAAGUAUCCUGGUACCUCACCAAAGAUCAUGGUCAUUCUUUAAUUUUUAGCUUUGUUUAUGACAUGAAUAGUAUUAGCCAAAUCAAAUUUCCACUCGGUCAGUAAAAUAAAUCAUUUUGCAUUAAUUGCAAUUCAAAAAGUUAGAUUUUAUAGCUUUAAGUGCAAUACAGAAUGCCUACUGAUUUAAAAGCCACACUUGUUGUCUUUCUUCUAAUGUUCCACAAACCAUUUAUAUAUUUGAUAGUGUCACCCAUACUUGUAUGGCUAUCUCAUCUCUUGAUAAGAAAAAAGUUUCAGACCUCAAAAUGUCUCUCACCAAUUUUUUUUCUGCACAUGUAUUAUAUUUUUGGUUUUAUUUUGGUUUCUCUCUUGCAUUAAGGUCUUUCAUCUCAAAUUACAGUAGCAUUGUGGACAGUCUUUACUCAGUGGGUGGUCUCAUUGGUGUUCCUAAUAAUCCUGUUGGUAACUUGGUAAAAAAACUUGAAAGUUUCUUUGGAAAUUACAAUAUUUGUGACCUGACUGAUGGAUCCUGGCAAGAUUGCUGCCAAUCAGAAUAUGUAAGUGAUUUGACUGAGGAAGCAAAGAAAUUGAAUGUCAGAGAAGAGGCCACAGGGUUGACGCUGGAAUAUUCGAAGAUCUCUUUUGCAACCAGAGUUGUUGAGAAGCUUCAAAAAAACUGUCAUUCCUUUAUCUUAAGUGGCACUGAGAUUGACUUCUUUCUCCCUCCAUCAUCUCGCACACACCCUGUCAGCCACAAACUGGUUGCAGUACAGACUUUCACAGAACUCAUAACACCAUUAAAACUUCAGAGUGUUGUGAACAGUGUGCUAGAAGCAUUUGUUGAAGAUAUUUGCUCUCGCAUCAAAGACUUAAGAAGAGAGAGUAGUUGUCAAGGUGUAUCACAGACAAAUCCCCUCUCUACUUCAAGUUCAGUAGAGUCAGAGACAACCCAGUUAAAAAAUGGAGUACAAACAGGAUUUCUAGAUGUCAGGUGUGCAGGUGCUGCAAGCAUUGGAUGUCAUUGUAGAAACCAAGAUGGCCGAAAGAAGUGCAUUUUUUGCAGGAUGGAAAAGCAUUAUUUAGGACAUGAUAUCUCUCCACAAGUUUGCAUCAAUGACCUUAUACAACCCUCACCAAAGACUACAUUAUAUCAUAAAGACAUGCUGUUAGUAUCUUGUGGUAUUUUAGAUAUUAGCAAGUUCCCAAAAGUUUGUUGUGGGUGGCUCAUGGAAGUUAAUAUUGACAGCUUGGCUUUAGCUUUGUGCAACAUUCCUGACAUACGACUGCUUUGGUCAAAUGAUCCAAGGAUUCAAGAACAGUUUUCAAGCCAAGAGGUAAGGGUUCUUAUCAAUUCAUGUAACAAAUUGUGUAAUUUAAUUAGUGUACAGAAAUUCUCUGUCAUUUUUUGAUCAGUUAUUUUCGUUCAAACAUAAGAGGAACCCAAGUGAGUGACAGUUCUAUGUGCCUUUUUAAACUGUAUUCAAUCAGCCAUUAUGGCCAUUUCUGUGGUUUGCCCUCUGAAGGAGGUCACGGGUAAAAUGUUUUCUUUGAAAAGUCAGCAUUGCUUUCUUGAGAAGAAAAAUAGUUAUUUUUGGACUUACCCUUGGGAACUCUUAAUUGAAUGGGUCAAUUUCUGAUGUUGAGUUUGACCAUAUGUGGAACUUAACUGGACCUAAGUGUAAGGAGAAUUCUGUGUCAGUCAUACCUGUAGCUGAUCAUGCUCCUCUGCCAUGGUGUUGUUUCUCUGUUUACAGUCUGAUGCCUUAGCAUUUGUUUGAAUAUCUGUGAUUCUGUUAUUGGGUUCAAUGUUUGACUCCUUUAGAGGUUCAGGUUCUUUCAUGAUGCGGUUGGGGGAUUUGGCAAUGCUUAGGAGCAGUUCACUUCUUUUGUGCAUGGUGACUUGUGUUUCUUGCAGUUCAUCUUUCUAGAUGCAUUCUUCUCAUCUCUGUAAUCCAUUUACAAUGUUAGUGCUUGUAGGAAGUAAAUCGCUGACGCAACAAUAAAGGGGGUAAGUUUUUACAGAAACUGUGGUGCUGCUCAGCAGAAGAGUAUAACAGUGUAAUUUAGUAUUAUCAACUGAGUUGAAAAUGUAAAUUAGCCACUGUAAAGAGUUUAAAAGCUGCCCAUUGUCAAUGCUUAAUUCUAUUGCUGCAAGCAAAGCUAGAAGAGUAAUGCAUGAUGCUCUGAAGUUUGAAGAAGUGUCCUUUACUACUUCUUUACAUGUAGGUUGAUGAGUUUCCCAACCUUGGUAAAGAGUUUGUUCCAAUCAGUCUCUUUCCUCCGACAUACAUUCAUGACAUAAGUUUCUGGAUUACGGAGCAAAUGACGGAACAGCAGUUCUUCCAAGAUAUUUAUGAAGUCACUCAAGGAAGUGUUUGUGAUGUUUGGUUUGUUGAACGUUAUCAUGAUACAGAACAGGACAAAGUGAGUUACAAUUACCGUAUGAUGUACAACUCAUGUGACAGACCAUUGAGUCAUAUUGAGACUGUAAAAAUGCAGAACUUGUUAAGAAGAAGGCUUUUGAAUUGUGACUUUCCACUCAAAUAGGUAUUUAGGUUUACUGUGGUGUUGUAAUUUUUCAAAUUGAUGUUCGUGUAGGACCAGCUUUUACUUUGAUCAUUUUUUACAAAUGACACAUUUACAUGUAAGUGGAAGUGUUUAUGAAACUAAUAU